CUUCGGCUUCGCUCUCCGCGAGCUGGGAAGGCCUCGUCGGGACCCGUAGAACGCCAUCCGCGAGACCCGGAAGGAGAGGCAAACCGGAAGUGGGGAAGUUGAAGCCGAUGCUGAGCCCCAGUGCGGAGUUUGGGCAGCCAGUAGUGUUCUGGGAGUAUGGAGCCACGAGGGUGCGUCCACAGCCCAGCUGCCCAUCCUGGGAAAGACGGGCCCAGCAAGCCGUACAGGAACGCUUACGCCAGGCUUGUGCAGAAGCACCACAGCGGCCGCUUCCGCUCCUACCUCAACCACAUCGCUCAGAAGCUGCAGCCGGAGGGGAACCUUUUCCAGGACUUGGCUCCAGAGGUGGAGCCGUCUCCGAAAAGGGGUCCCGGGAGAGAAGCGCCGGUGAAGAACGGGAUGAAGCCAGGCCGGGCUCCUCCCGCUGGCACCUUGCAGUCCCUCCAGCCAGACCUCAGAAACUUUGAGGGGCUGCGAAGCAGCAAAGAGGACCGUUCGGUCAGCAGCCCGCAGCCCCGUCGAGGAGCUCCUGGUGGUGGGAAGAGAGAGGAGGAAGAGGAGGAGGAGGGAGAGGAGGAGGAAUCAGCAGCAGAAGAAGAGGAGGUCCUUUCUAAUCGACCUGCAGAUCCGAUAGUCGUCUUGAGAACCAAACUUCACCAAGUGCGCGGGCAGGAGACGUCCAGACCGCUGGAGAAGACUCCCAACUCUGGAGAGAGGAGCAAAGUGGAGCUUUGGAAAAACAAAGGCAGCGGCCCUUUGGCUCCCAUGGAUGGCAGCGGCGUCUGCCUGCCCGCAGGACAACUGAGCCUGGAGCUGCCUUCCGCCACUGCCAGCUGCUCGUCGCCUCGGCAGAUCUACGACAAGCGAGGUCCAGCCAGGCCCAGGAACAACUCUGAAUCAACCAGAGGCCCCCCAAAUGUGGACAGGAGGCGACAACUGUCCGAAUCGCAAGUUGUCACUGUGAGCAGCUCCGAUUGCAGGAUGAACUUCCGACAUCAAGGAACUCCCAAAGGAGCCCCUUAUGCUGCGUCUUCGACCCCGGGAGAGAGGAAGAAUUGGAGCAAAGCCAGUCGGACGCGGAAGAAGAUAUUUGAAGCCUACAUGUCGAAGGAGGACGUAUCAAAGGGUCUGAAGAGAAAAACACUGAUUCAGGGACCCCUAAGGAUAAACCCCAAGAAAUACCAUGAUGCCUUCAUUCCUUCCCCAGACGGCACUCAGGAUAUUUUCAUCGAUGGAGUCGUCGCGCGCAACAGAGCCCUGAACGGCGACAUGGUGGUGGUGAAGCUGCUUCCGAAGGAACAGUGGAAGGUAAACAAGCCAGAUGUUUCUGACCAAGAAACGGAAGCUCCUCCAGGCUCAGAGGACCCCUCGCGUUCACCGGGCGCUGCCCUCCUUCCCAGCCCAGGCAAAGGGGAUGCCGGCGGCCUGCAUGUCACGACGGCGGCUCCAUUUGGCGACGCAAGCGAACAAGAGAACACGAGAGACCUCCAGCAGCUGUCCCUGGGGGCUGGUGAAAAAGGAAAAGAUUUGGAAAGUUGCAGUGUCCAUGCCUCAAAACCAGAAGACACGGCUAACCCGGAGCAGACUGUACAAAAGACUGCAAAGGUGGUCUACAUAUUGGAGAGGAAGCACUCCCGGACAGCCAUGGGCUUCAUCCGCCUCUUGACCGAUCGCAACAGUGACUUGUUCCAGAAAUACGCCAUGUUCUCGCCGGUGGACCACAGGGUGCCUCGUUCCUACGUGGCCCUGGCUGACUGCCCUCCUGAUUUCGCCACGCGCCCCGAGGACUACGCCAGCAUUCUUUUCAUCUGCCGCAUUGUGGAUUGGCGGGAAGACAGCAACUUUGCCCUGGGGCAACUAGCCCGAAGUCUCGGGCAGGCGGGUGAAAUUGAGCCAGAAACCGAAGGCAUCCUGGCCGAAUACGGGGUGGACACCUCCGAUUUCUCUCCGGACGUCCUGCAGUGUCUCCCGCAGGACCUGCCGUGGGUCAUCCCGUCCGACGAACUCGCCAGGAGAAGAGACUUACGGAAAGAAUGCAUCUUCACCAUUGACCCAUCCACCGCCAAGGAUCUGGACGACGCUCUCUCUUGCAAGCCGCUUCCAGAUGGGAACUUCGAAGUUGGCGUUCACAUCGCGGAUGUGAGUUAUUUCGUCCCGGAAGGCACCGCCCUGGAUGACGUUGCGAGCGAAAGAGCCACAAGUGUUUACCUGGUGCAAAAGGUGAUCCCGAUGCUUCCCCGGCUGCUGUGUGAAGAACUCUGCAGCCUUAAUCCCAUGACAGACAGACUCACCUUCUCCGUCAUUUGGAAGCUGACUCCACAGGGCAAGAUCCUCGAGGAAUGGUUUGGACGGACCGUGAUUCAGUCCUGCGUGAAGCUCAGCUAUGAUCACGCUCAGAGCAUGAUUGAGGAUCCAGGACGGGUGUUUGGGGCGGAGGAGUUGCCCCCCGUCUCCCCCCGCCACACCGUGGCUGAGGUGCACCAAGCCGUCCUCAGCCUCCACGAGAUUGCCAGGCAGCUGCGUCAACAGCGCUUCACGGACGGGGCUCUCCGCUUGGAUCAGAUGAAACUCUCAUUUACUUUGGACAAGGAGACCGGGAUGCCCCAAGGCUGCUACAGCUAUCAGUACCGGGACAGCAACAAACUGGUGGAAGAAUUUAUGCUGCUGGCAAACAUGGCGGUGGCCCAUCGGAUUUACCGUGCCUUUCCCGCCAAAGCCCUCCUGCGCCGGCAUCCCCCGCCCCAGACCAAGAUGCUCCACGACCUCAUGGCCUUUUGCAACCAGAUGGGCCUGGAGAUCGAGUGCACCAGUGCCGGGGCCUUACACAAAAGCCUGAAUGAAACCUUUGGGAACGACCAAUAUAGCGAAGCGAGGAAGGAGGUGCUGACCAACAUGUUCUCUCGUCCCAUGCAGAUGGCGGUCUAUUUCUGCACUGGCAUGCUGAAGAACGAGACUCUCUUCCGGCACUACGCCCUCAACGUGCCUCUCUACACCCACUUUACGUCGCCCAUCCGCCGGUUCCCGGACAUUGUGGUGCACCGGUUGCUCUCGGCUUCCCUGGGGCUGGGUCCUGCCCCACAGAUGGAGAAGGCCGAGAUGCAGAAGCGCGCGGAGCACUGCAACGAUCGGAAGAUGGCUUCCAAGCGGGUGCAGGAACUCAGCGUCGAUCUCUUCUUCGGCGUCUUUGUCAAGGAGUGUGGACCGCUGGAAUCGGAGGCCAUGGUGAUGGGUGUCCUCAACGAGGCCUUUGAUGUCCUGGUGCUGCGAUUCGGAGUCCAGAAGCGCAUUUAUUGCAACGCUCUGCCCUUGGUGGGAUUCCAGUUUCAAAAAGUGGGCAAAAAGCCACAGCUGUCGCUGGUGUGGGAACCGCAGAGCACGGAGCAGGAUGCCCCACGGCAGGUCAUCACCAUAUUCGCCUUGGUGGACGUCGUUCUGCGAGUCGACAGCGGUGCCGUGAAGUACAGCGCGGUGCUGAAGAGGCCCGGUGGCGGAGAGUGAGCAGGCCUGGCUCCCGGUUACGAAUCCUGCCCAUUUGGCCCCAAACCGCUAAUUUUGGCAGCCUCCAGACCUGAACUCCGUGGGAAAAAGAACAGAGACUUUUAAUUGAAUUGAAUUUUUGCAGACGGGUUUUUAUUUUAUCUCGGGGUUUUUAACAAAAGGGGGGGGUAAAACCAAGAUGGCGGCCUCAUGGCCCACAUUAAAAAAAAAAACCAAAAACGAUAGGGCAGGGGUCUUCAAACUUGGCCCUUUUAUGACUUGUGGACUUCAACUCCCAGAAUUCCUCAGCCAGGCAUGCUGGCUGAGGAAUUCUGGGAGUUGAAAUCCACAAGUCAUAAAAGGGCCAAGUUUUAAGACCCCUGCGAUAAGGGCUUUGCUUGUGGAUUGUGGCUGCCAUCUUGAUUUUUUUAUUUUUUAUUUUACCUUCUCCAGCAAGGAGUCACAAAUAGUUUGGAAGUGUAACUCAGCCCUCUUUCCAUCUUCUUUGAUGAUUUGGGGCUUGUUGUUGUUUUUUAAUUUGAAUUUGUGCCCUAUCUAAACAAGAGCAUCUUCCUUGUUGUAUCCAGUCCGCGGGGUGCUCCCUAUCGAUGUAAAUAAUCUCUUACUCAGCUUUGUGUUUCCCCCGUGGCUUCCAUCCAUGGCUCGUGCGUCCGCUGGCUAAACUGGAACUUGCGAUGGGAAAGGAAGCGGUGACAUCUGUGAUGGAGUUGUGGGUCUCUUUUUCAAUGCCGCUGCUUCGCCUCUCCCAAAGCUGCAACUUUAAAUCUGUUUUUUUUUUUUUUUUGCUCUAACAGCUUCUUUUCCCUGGGCAGAUGAAUUGUGAGAAUCUGAGCAUUCUGUAUAAGAAAGGACACCGUCUCGCCUUUGUUCUUCCCCCCCCCCCCGAAAUUCUAAAUAAA